AUGGCCGAAGAUCUCGUCAGAGAGCCGGGACUAUGCGCGGACCACGAGGCUGGUGUGCACCAACUUCUGACCUGCCACCCCUUCAAUGAUGACACGAUCAUGCACGCUCAGGAGGUGGUCCGUAUCGAUAGCGAGAUCGUCCAGAAGUAUCACGACACCGCUACGAUACACGAGCAGGCUUUCAAGCAAACCAAGCUUCGGUUUGCGAAGGAGCAUCUUCAGCUUGUUCUGGAGAAGAAGCGCAAAUUCGACGAAAAUAUAGCCUUUUGGAUCUCUGCGGAAUUCGUCAAGGUCGAUGCCCCGGACGCACAAAUCGAGCUGGCAGAACGGGAUGAGCAGGCCGAACGGCCGGCAGCUCCAGAGGACGACAACAACCUAGGCGAUAUGCUUCCUCUUUCUGCCGCCACCGCUGCUGACGGUGAACUCCUUCGUUCCAGUCUAAAUGCACCCCCGGACACUACCCGCCGUACCGAUGAGCCCUCCCAAGAUCAGCCCCAGUCCACCGCGAGGGUUGAUGCCGUCUCCCCCCGGGACCUGCACAUCCAUACACCAGACGAGGAGGAGUUGUGA